AUGUCAGUGCAGCCCGUUGCCCCUGCAGAAGGACUGGAGGAAGCACUCAAGGUUGAUCCCGAUCAGAGCCACCUUCCUCGGGAGGAGCUGGAUAAGGAAGUAUUCGAGAACAAAAAUGUGGGGAAUCUCCAAAGGCGUCUCAAGUCCCGUCAUGUCCAGUUCCUGGCUUUGUCCGGGGCGAUUGGGACGGGACUCUUUGUGGGAGCAGGUCAAGUGCUGUCCCUUGCCGGCCCUCUCUCUGCAGUUCUCGCCUAUGCCAUUACUGGAUUCAACCUCUAUGCGGUGAUUAACAGUAUGGGCGAGAUGGCCACUUGGCUACCGCUUCCCGGUGCAGUCCCUGUGUAUGCGUCGCGCUUCGUAGACGAGGCUCUGGGUUUCACUCUAGGAUGGAAUUACUGGUAUCAGUUUUCAAUAGGCGUGCCAAUCGAAAUCAGUGCCGCGGCCUUGGUGAUCGACUAUUGGCCUAACGGGGUCUCCUCGGCCGUCUGGAUCACUAUACUCUACAUCACCAUCUUCGUGACUAAUAUCUUGCCGGUGCGGAUAUAUGGAGAGCUAGAGUUCUUCCUUGGAUCCAUCAAGCUAACAACAAUCGUUGGGCUGAUGAUUCUGAUGUUCAUUAUCACGCUGGGGGGAGAUCCUGCGGGGGACCGCAUUGGAUUUCGCUAUUGGAAGCACCCGGGCCCCAUGAAUGUCUAUCUGGAAACGGGCUCCCUGGGCCGGUUUUUGGCCUUCUGGAAGGUCUUUAUUCAAGCGACGUUCAGCUACGGUGGUAGUGAAAUGGUGGUAGUUGCUGCCGGAGAGACAGAAAAUCCCCGUCGAAACAUCCCCAAAGCCGUGCGCCGUGUUUUCUGGCGCAUCGCCAUUUUCUACGUCGGGAGCAUUUUCCUAGUGGGACUUUGUGUUUCAUCCCGAGAUCGCCGCCUACUCAAUGCCAUUAAUUCAGGUGCUUCUGGUGCCGGGGCAAGCCCGUUCGUUAUCGCCAUCGAGAACGGCGGAAUCAAGGUGCUACCCUCCAUCAUCAAUGCUGUCAUUCUGACUUCUGCUGUAUCUGCCGGGAAUUCGUUCUUUUACGCAUCGACACGAGUUCUCUACGCAACGGCUCUGGAUGGAAAAGCACCCCGGAUACUCCGCUAUGAAAAAUUCGGCGUCCCUUAUGCUUGUGUGGCGAUUACCGCUGCAUUGAGUCUGCUGGUUUAUCUCAAUGUGUCGGCGAGCUCUGCGGAGGUUUUCUUCUGGAUCAGUAACCUGAGCUCUGUCAGUACUCUAGUCGUCUGGACCUCGAUAUCGGUAACGUAUAUUCGCUUCUACCGCGGACUCAAGUACCAUGGGAUUCCGCGAUCCCAACUGCCUUUCAAAUCCCCGUUCCAACCAUACUUGGCCUACUUUGCUAUCAUAUUUUCGUCCACGGUUGCUUUCUUCAACGGGUUUGAUGCUUUCUUCCCGGGCCAUUUCAGUGCCAAGUCUUUCAUUCCACCGUAUAUCGACAUUCCCAUUUUUCUCUGUCUGUUCCUCGGCUACAAGCUUGUGAAGCGAACCAAGCUUGUUAAACUUGAAGACUUCGAUCUUUGGUCCGGUAAGGAAGAGGCGGAUCGGCUUGAAGCGGUUUGGGAAGAACCUAAACCACGAAAUUUUCUUGAGAGGAUCUGGUUCUGGAUUGCUUAG